UGUUUUUGAAACAAGCUCUCAAACAGGUGACUGUCGCGCAAGAGCCUUGCUGGGGUGAAUUGUCGUUCGCUACGCCACCCACGGCAACCUCGCAACCCCCCUUCAAGUACGGCUAACAGUGCUAACGAAAGUGGGUGGCUUGCAGCAACUCUUUGUCCGUAACUUAGUGCUGUACAACCAAACUGCACCUGCUUUCUGGCAACGGCUACCUAACUUCUUUUUCGACUUCUACCUUUCCCUAUAUCCUGUCUCUUGUUCUGCGAUUGUUCCGAAAAGGAUCGAAAAGAAGGUCGAUAAUCGCUAUUUAAACGACCACCUCAAAAGCGGCCGCCUGAGCACUUCUCCAAGACCCUUCCGUCUGUGCAGACACAUCACACCAAUCUUUUCUGCAGGCGUUCAACGUCGAGUCGAGAGACCAUCACGUCCGUGCGGAGACAUCACUCUUCCUGACGUCGAUCCUCAAUCACUGUCCGGUGCAGGCGGCGCCUGUUCAUAUUGAACACCUUGCCUACCGUCCAACGUUCAGUGCUAUCACCUCAAUCCUACAUCGACAGACCCAAGGCAAGAUGGAUUCCUCAAGGGCUUUCCGACGGCAAGUCACUAGCAACAACGACGGCGAUUUCAAUGAUGGAUAUUGGUGGUACAGCUCGACUGCUUAUGCAAUUAAAUGGGCCAUCAUUGCCGCCAUCCUGGUCGCUUUCCUCGUUUUCUUCGUUGCAGGAUAUUUGCAUGCCCGACGACGCAUGCGCAAAGGCCAGCCUCCAUUAGCGUAUCACCGCUGGCUCGUACCGAGAAGACAACGAAUGGCAUUCGCACAACAAUACCCGCAAUAUGCGCAGCAAGUUGGAUAUUACAGAGCAACACCCACGUAUCAUCCAUACCCGCAAGGACAGGCGUAUCACAUGGGAGCGUACGGACCGCCGCCGCCAGCAUACCAUGAACCAGAUUAUGUGCCUGCGUAUACGCCCCAGGGACCCAAUAAGGUUGAUCCGGACCAAAACAGACAGUACGCACCGCCGGCCGGACCACCUCCAGGUGAGCCUAGUCAGCCUGCUCGAGUGGCGAACCUGCAGGGAAGAUAGGGUCCGAUUCGAAAGCGGUGCAAGAACGAGUAGAUGUUUUACGGAUGACUCUUGGGCAAGCUAGGGCAUAGCGGCGCAGCAUAUGGGCGUUGAACAUACGUCAGAGACAUCGCCUUCCGGGAAGGAAAUGCGGCUGUCCGGCACGAAAAGACAUCGGUGUUCGAGAAGUAUUGAGAGGGGGCUCGAGGGUGAUCUUGUAACGGCAUUCUCGUGGGGCAAAUGGCUUACUACUCGGCGUUUUCGAGGACCUUGGGUUUAGACUAUGUCGGAGCAGGCACUCUCAGAGCAAAACAAUGUCUGGGCCAUGGUCUGAAGGAUGUAAUAAUAUGCAUGUUGCGGAGAUCCUCGCGGGAAAAAAAGACUGGGAAAUUGCAAACCGGGUAUCUACGCAAGCAUCCAAGUGGGUAGACUGGGCCCAAAACGCCUGUAAUGCUACCGUCGAAAACGCUUAUUCAAUAUCCAUCGC